ACAAUUGAAAAUGCCAAAAAAGAGGAUCAAAAAUAUAUUCUAGAGAGAAGAAGGGAUCACAUUUCUCAUUUCAUACUUCGUUUAGCAUAUUGUCGUAGAGAAGAUUUGCGUCGAUGGUUUAUUACUCAAGAAGUUGAUCUGUUUCGCCUUCGUUUCAUGGCAGAGCAUAGUGAAAUUAGAGCCAAAUUUAUGAAGUUUAAUGACUUGAACUAUGAUGAAAUCACAAGUGAGGAAAAGGAACGGUUGAGUUCGAAAUUGUACCUAGGUUUCAACCAUUCACUAACUAAAGUUUUGGCUUCGAAGUUUUAUAAGGUCCCUUUUACAGAAGUUUUAGAUCUCAUAAAAAACCGUAAAGUAUAUUUGGAGAGAGGAUUAGCGUAUAUUCCUGAAGAGGAUCUAGUUGUCACCGUUGUCUCAGCAUAUAGAGCCCAUCUUUCACAUGCAUUAGCUGUAAGGAAUAAAAGCAUUUGUUUUGUAUAUUUAUCUCUACAUUCUGUCUUACAAGUACUAUUUCAAUACGUCUUUUAAGUUAAUAUAGCAUCU